AUGUCAGAGUCUUCCAUUUCUCAUGGUGAACAAAGCCAAGUUCAGUCCUCAUUGCAACAACAGCAACUCAAUCGGUCCUGUGAAUCUUGUCGAAGUCUCAAGGUCCGCUGUCUUCCUAAUCCAAGCACACCAAAUCAAUGUCAGCGAUGUGCCAAAGGCAAGAAAGCCUGCAUCUUCGUAGCACCGCAGAGACGCCGGCCUCGUAAGAGAACAGACUCUCGGGUAGCCCAGCUGGAGAAAGAGAUGCGCAUGAUGCGCUCCCUCCUGAAAGAUAAGAUUCGCGAAGAAAGCGAGCCUGAAUCCCCCGAGGGCAGCGAGAAUUCCCAAGACAAUGACUCUGCGGAAAUGGAUUUUCAGAGCGAUUUGGGCCCCAUCCCGGAGUCCGCCGGGGGCACAGCUGGCCCAGGCGGGUUUGUGACAUACUCACCCGAGUUCAUCGAUACUUCACAUCCAGGCAUGCACGGAAGUGGACCGCUCUCCGCACCUCCAACCUUCUCAGGAUUGCAUGCAAACUUUGUGUCUGAGUCGAACACACCACCCGCCGACGAUGUUGUUGAUCGGGGCAUUAUAUCUCUUGAUGAUGCUGAACAACUGGUGACAUUCUUCAUCCACGAACAGUCAACUAUUUUCCCGUUGGUAGUGCUACCAUCAAGUACCACGGCAGCCCAACUGCGGCAGACAAAGCCGGUGCUCUUCCUUUCUAUUAUCUCAGCCGCAGCCAUCUCAAUCGAUGCAGCCCUGGCGGCAGUUCUCAAUCGUGAGAUGGUUCGCUUGUACUCGGAGAGGUUCUUCAUCGAGGGCGAGAAAUCGCUAGAACUCGUACAGGCGUUGUUGUUGAUGAUCAUCUUUUAUUUUCCGCCCGGCUCCCCUUUGAAAUUGCAGUUCUACCAGUACACUCACAUCGCGUCGACGAUGGCACUGGAGAUCGGACUAGCAUCUAAGCGACGCGUCUCCAAAAGCAAGACCGAUCGCAGGAAGUCUGAACCACACGAUGAGCAUUUGGCGGAACAGGCUAGAGCUGUUCUGGGCUGUUAUCAUCUAGGAUCAACGGUCGCAAUGAAGACUCGCCGUCCAAACUUACUCCAAUUCAAUGACUGGAUGGCAGAGUGCGUGGAUCAGUUGGAGCGAUCACCUCAUCGGUCAGAUCAGCGUCUGGCAGUAUGGUUUGAGCUUCAACGGAUAACCGAUGAAGCCAUGUCUUCGUUUGGUCUUGAUGACACGAGCGCCUCAUCACCGCUGACAGAAUCGCGCGUUCAAGCAGUGCUGCGAUGGUUUGAUAAGCGAAUGGAAGCAUGGAAAAACAACACACAAAAUAACAUGCUUACUGUGCCCAUGAUCCUCGAAUACCGUUCAGCUGUCCUCGCCAUGUAUGAACUUGGCGUAGGAGAAGGCUACCGAGACCCAGACGCUGUCAACCGCCGAUACUUCACCCUUCCUGCCUUGGACGGAGACGGCAAUCGAAAACAACAAGACAACCCCAUGAGUGUAAUUCGUAUCGACAUCAAUGUUAAAUGGAUGAACGCCGCACACGAACUACUAGAUGCCCUCUUGACCUGCAGCGCAGAGACCAUGCGUCGGUUUCCGAACCUGAUGUAUACGCGCUUCACGAUGGCAGUCACAUCGUUACUGAAGAUUCAUUUCUCGGUGCGAACAGGUGUCUUGGGCGAGGUUGUGACACCGGAAACCGUGAAUGUCAGCUAUUACCUUGAUGCGAUGGCGAAUAAAUUGGGAGAGGCAAGCGGAGGUGGUAAAUAUAAGAUUCCGACACGAUGGUACAAUAUUGUAGCAGUGAAGGGUCGAGACUGGUAUGAGAGAUUGGAGAAACGAUAUACUGAGUCGUCAUCGGAGACCAGUACUGGGGCUUCGGGGAUGGCGUCAGCCGGUUCAUCGGUGAAUCCUGGGCCGAUUUCAAAUCCCUCUGCUCAGAUGACUGGAUCACAUUUGGAUCCAAAUUUCCCUGUCAAUUCUGUCAUCUCUAUGGUACCAGGAAUUGAGAACAUGAGAGAUGGUUAUGUCGCAAUGAGUGGUGCUGGUAUGUGGCCCAUGGAUGGCCAUCAUGGACAGAGCCGGUUCUACCAGUCUCUCCCAGGCAAUUAUCCACAGACAGCCUCUUUGCAGCCGCAAUUUGGAUAUGAUCCGCAGAGACUUGCGUCAGGUGGUCAAGUGACUGGAACCGGCAUGGAGUUAGAUGGUUGGCUUCCAGAUGGAAGUAUAUUUGGCAUGCCUCCUUUGCCAGACUUUUGA